UUCCCUCGGCUCCCACCUGCCCGCUGUGCCUGUGCGAGGGGGGCGAGGCGCGGAGGGGCCGCGCACAUGUGCGCGCAUUGCACGCCCCCGCCGUGGGGCUCCGCGGGGCCGGGGCGCUGCGCGGCGCUGCGCGGGGCAGGGAAGGGAAGGGAAGGGAAAGGAGGGGAGGCAGCGCGCUGGCUUCUUGCAUCAGCCUCUCUCCUCCCGGCCUCGGCUCUCCUGACAUUGCAAAAGGGUGUUUCGGCGGUAUUUGCCUUGGGUCCCGGCUCGGGUUCGCGCUGCCGUGUGGAGUUCAAAAUACCUAGCUGGAAAAACAAAUAGAGAUCAAAGAGGACAAAAUGGAUCCUGAAUUUCUUCCAGAUUGAUUUUUUUUUUUUUUUCAAAAUGUAUAUCUCCUGCACCGAGAUUACAAAACCCCUCGUUUUUCCCUUCUCUCCUUCCUCGGUCACUUUUACUUUUGCCUCAUUGUCAUUCCUGAGCGAUUAGAAACCGACUCUUCCUCCUUGUCUUUCUCUCCUUUAAAAAAAAAAAAAAAAAAAAGGAGAGAGAAAAAGAAAGGCAGCUUUCUGUGCAAACCUGUCCUAUAAAUCUGUUUUCAAAAGAGUCAAGAGGGCUGUGUUGCCAAGAGAUAUUAAGGGGUUUAGACAGAGUGCCCACGUGAAAGUGGCUGUAUGCUAGGCAGGCGCGGAUUAUGUUUUAAGGGCUAUAAGGAGCUAGUUCUCCCCUGCCAUCUCCUCAGCUCUCGGCGAGAAUGCGGGCUAGAUCAUCUCCCACAGUCGUGAACAUAAACGUCGCUUGCAAACUAAUCAGUUAUUCACAUUGUUUGUUCAGCACGGAUGCUGGAAGGUAACUCCCCAAUUAGGAGCCAUUUCAGCUGUAACCGAAGUCAUGCAGGCACUGCACGCUUUGUUUCUAGCCUGUUAUAUCUCUACUUUCUCCAGUGACAGCCGCACGUUAGGCUGUGCUUGAUGGGAACCGAGGCUGAGCUCUCAUUAGAGCGUGUCACGGAGCAGCUCCGUGCAGCCAGCCUGCCAGAUUUGGCUCGUGGGACGAUUCUUUCUGCUCUCCAAGAGUUUUUCCACCGUCACCGAAAACAGGGCUUCUUUGCCUCCCAGCUCCUCCGUAAACUUGCAGAGCAGCGUCUGUUCCCUGGCUGUAGGUUAGACAACUCCGGGUCGGUGUCUAGUAAUAAUACCCUUCAACCCUCCCCUUGCUCCUUCUCCCCUCCCCUUCCUCUUCCCCGGAGAUGAAGCUGCGGAUCAGUUGUCGAAGGCUGCUCCUGCCCUGGGGGAUGGGGAGCGGAAACCCAACGAAGUUAUCAAAUUCCUGGAAGUCUACGAGCGCAGUUUCUGCAGGACAAUUGAGACCCUGGUGGACAUUUUCCAGGAGUACCCUGAUGAGGUGGAGUACAUAUUCAAGCCAUCCUGUGUGCCUCUGAUGAGAUGUGCGGGUUGCUGCGGCGAUGAGGGCCUAGAAUGUGUCCCUGUGGAUGUGUACAACGUCACGAUGGAGAUCAUGAGAAUUAAACCCCAUCAGAGUCAGCACAUAGCGCACAUGAGCUUCUUACAGCACAGUAAAUGUGACUGCAGACCAAAGAAAGAUGUCAAAAAUAAACAAGAAAAGUGGGCACAGAAACCCAGAUCUGACGGUCCUUCCUUCAUACCCCAGACCUGGAGCUUGCAUGACCCACGACCAUGGCAGUCAUUCCUAAUGCUUUACCCCGAGUCAGGGAAGUCCCGUCGUGUGUGUCCUACCAGAAUGGAUUCAAGAAAAUCAAAGCGAGGAAAGGGGAAGGGUCAAAAGAGAAAGCGCAAGAAAGGCCGGUACAAACCACCCAGCUUUCACUGUGAGCCUUGCUCAGAGAGGAGAAAGCACUUGUUUGUACAAGAUCCCCAGACCUGUAAAUGUUCCUGCAAAUUCACAGACUCACGUUGCAAGUCGAGGCAGCUUGAGUUAAACGAGCGCACUUGCAGAUGUGAAAAACCGAGACGGUGAGCAGCGGAAAAGAAGGGGGAACAGCCCUGUUUCUGGAGCCUGAUUUCUCGCCUGGACAGAAAAAUACAAAACAAAACACUAAUCCAAAUGAACCCUAAAAAUGAAGGAUCGGUAGAGCACAGCACUUUCAGUACGGACGAUGGACUCCGGAAGGAACAUUCCCCAAGGCACCCGCCGCACAGAAUUCACCUUUGGGUUUUGAACUGUUUUAUUUUAUUUUUCUUUUCAUGCUGCUAAAUAACAGAGCCAGGAAGACUAUAGGGGUGUAUUUGAUGGGUUUUCCCAUGCAUACAUAUAUAUGUGUGUAUACAUACAUAUACAUAUAUAUAUAUGUAUAUAUAUUUUAACCACAUCUAUAUAUACAUAUAUGUAUAUCUUAACCACACACACACACACACACACAUAUAUAUAUAAUAUAUAUAUAUAUACUGAUUAUUUUUUUUAACAUUGCUAAUGUUAUUGGUGUCUUCACUGGAUAAUACUCGACUGCUGUGGACACAAGCGGGCUACUUGGGGCAUAAGAAACAAGCUAAGACUGGACUUGAGUAGAAGCGCUGGGUGUAAACUUCUUAACUCUAACUGACUUGUGCGGCCUCCGCUGUUUCUCUGUAGAGUGUGCUGUACCACAAACCACCUUCUCCUUGCCUGGGACAGGGAGGAGAGGUGAUGGAGAGGAUGGGCAGGGAGUUCCAAAGAGCGGCAUCCUAGGGUGCGAUGGGUCAAAGGCCAAGGAAACGGCCAUCUGCGUGAUCAAGGAUUCCUCCUCCCCUCUCUUCCCCCAACCUUCGCCCUUACUCGUCUCAUAACCUGCCUGCCUUGCUGGGACAUGGGAUGUCAGUGUACAUUUUGCGUUGACUUUAUUCGCUAUAGAAACUUCGCCAGAGAGGCAAUGCUGGCUUCUCUUAAGGAUGGUGGGCAGCUGAUGCGCACUAACUUUCCAUUCAAGGAAGUAUCACAGGAGUCUAGAUUCCCCGCCCUUGGUGGCUGCAAAAGGACAUAAGGCCUACAGUGUGCUGAAGCAAGAAUGGGGACCGGUGCAUAGCCACACAAUUGUUCAGCACUGUCUGCUUUCUUCAUGCACAGAGCUGCCACUCAAGAGCAUCCAAGAUGCUUAUGGAACAUUUCUGGAAAGGGAUAUUAAUCAAAAGUAUAUACACAGUAGGGGUGUGUGUGUGUGUAUGUGAGCGUCAAGAUUUUUUUUAAUGGUGUACUGUAAAUAUCAGGCCCCUUUUCCAGCUCUUGGGCUGGGGAAUCAAAUGUGAAGGCAGCCGGAAUCCCCAAGCCGUGUCUGAAAAUCUUGGCUAUGUGUGUAUCUGCAAUAUACGCUGUGGUGUAUGUGAAACCCACCUUACACACGCGCGCACACACACACCCCUGAAAGCGUGUUUGUACAUCUAUGUGGAUAUAUAUAAUCUAGUUCUGUGAUUAAAAUUAUUAAUAAUAAUAAUAAUAAUCAAAAAGGUACUCGGUCUGUGUCAGAAAUCUGCCAAACAUCAUCUGCAAUUGAAUUUUUCAACGCCUGAUAAUGUACAACACGGAAAGCUUCCAAAAAAGACAAGACGGUCUAAAAACAGACUCACAACAAGUGACUACUAACCACUAGGAACUCCCCAUCCGACUGAUGGCUUUCAGAAGGAGAAAAAAAACACACGGGUGGGUGCUUGCAUCUGCAAUGUAUAAUACUCAUGCUGCAUCGUGCGCAAGACAGAGGCUUCCGAUGGGGGGGGAGGGAAGAGAAAGUGUUUUAUAUACUUAUUUAAUAUCCCUUUUUAAAUUAGAAAUUAAACAGAUAAUUUAAUUAAAGAGUAGGGAUUUUUCAGUAUUCUUUGUUAAUAUUUAAUUUCAACUAUUUAUAAGCCGUACCUCUUUUUUUUUUUUUAUUUGUACUGGUUGUGUAUAAAUUUAACCUUCCUGUUGUCCCAUCCCAUCUCUCCCCAAUUGUUGGCAGAGUCAGUAGCAUGUUAUGGGCAGUUAUUUAAUUAAUUUCUCUAACACCUACCCCUACACAUUCCUAUUGAGACAAGGGUUAGAUAUACAUCUACAUACUAUAUAUAUAUUUGGCUAUGUGUUUGUAUAUAUAUAUAUAUGUUUAUGUAUAUGUGUGAUUUGGAUUAAAUAGACGCUACGAUUUUUUUAUAUAUGUAAAAAGAAGAGACAGGAAAAAUAGAAAAUUCUACAUCUUGAAUCUCUCUCCUUUUUAAUUUUAAUAUUUGUUAUCAUUUUAUUUAUUGGUGCUACUGUUUAUCUGUAAUAAUUGCGGGGAAAAAAGAUAUUAACACUACAUAUUGUGUCUAGUGAAUUUUUUCAAGAUAUUCCUUAGUGCAUAUUUAUUUUUAAACAAAGAAAUUACAGAUAUAUCUUAAAAAAACGACGACGACGACGACAAACAAACUUUUUUUGUAUUAAAGAAUUUAAUUCUGACCUUGA